GCUCUUUCUCCAGCUUUGAGAGAAGACGGGGGAAGAUUUAAAUCUCGCAGAAAGAUGGCGUCGGACUCCUCUCGAUCCUUUUUCUAUCUAUCUCUCUCUCUCUCGCGCGCGCUCUUUCUUUCUAAGAAAUUAUUGGCGGAUAUCUUUCAGAAAUACUAUUUAACGUAAAAAUUUUUUAACGAAAAUUUCGAUAUUUUUGUGGGUGAAAACGGACCUGUUGAUCGAGUGCUCAUGGAAAACUCCGGAGCUCCUCCUCCCCCUCCUCCUUCUCCGGCACCGCCACUUCCACUUUCGAAUGUUUCAGCUCCGGUCCCAAAUCGGCAGGCAUUGAAUCAUGGUGAGAGCAGUGGAGGAGAAAUUGCAUCAUCUCAUCACCCCAGGCGGCCCAAGCUAUCUUCCUUAGAAAUUCCAGGGAGGACUUUAGAGACUUCAGCACCAAAUUCAACAAGGAUAUAUAUUGCCCACUCAAUCACUCCAAGAUCAACGAGAGCAGGCUUGCCACCCAGGCCUUCUUCAAUAAGAGCAAUAUCAACUACAAAUCUUACCCCACAAAGGAGUUUGAUAAAGAACGAAACACCUAAAGGUGACAGAACAGCUCUUCUCACUCCGGGGAGCUCUCGACGAGAUCAGGGGACCUCAUCACAAGAACAGCCAAAUAAACAUUCUUAUUCAACGACAUUCUCUUUAACAAGAGCCUUUUUAAUCAAAGCAAAAUUGGGACUCUCUUUACCUGCUUCACCUGUUGCAAAUUCAUGCACUGAAUCUGUGCAAGACAGACACGUGAUCGACAUCCAUGCUCCAGAUAAACCUCAAGGCCAGAAUCAAAUGGCACGCUCACUUUCAGUACCAGCGAAUGCCAAAGAUAGGAAUUUGCGGAUAGUAAAUUCACCACGUCUUAUUCGUGUAAUUCCAAUAACUCCUCGUCCUGUUCCUAUUGAAAAGGGCACACAAGUUGAAAUCGCUGAAGAAGCAAAUGUUGUAGAGAGCGAAGGUGAAGACAUCCCUGAAGAAGAGGCAGUGUGUAGGAUAUGUUUGGUUGAGCUGGGAGAAGAAGGAGAAAUGUUGAAGUUGGAGUGUAGCUGCAAAGGUGAACUUGCCCUUGCACACAAAGAAUGCGCAAUAAAAUGGUUUAGUAUUAAGGGAAACAAGAUUUGUGAUGUCUGCAAGCAAGAUGUUCAAAACCUGCCAGUGACAUUGCUGAGGUUACAGAGUACGCCAUUUAGUAAUAGACGAUUAUCAAAUACAGCUGCAAAUGGAGGGGCUUCUCAAUACAGGAUAUGGCAGGAUGUACCAGUACUUGUCAUGGUCAGCAUACUUGCCUAUUUCUGUUUCCUAGAGCAACUUUUGAUUAAAGCGUUGGGUCCGCGAGCUCUUGCUCUAUCUCUGCCUUUUUCUGGCCUGUUGGGGCUUCUCUCAUCCUGCAUAGCAUGCACAAUGGUUAGCAGGGCGUUUGUUUGGACUUUUGCUUCGUUCCAAUUUGCCAUUGUCGUCUUGUUUGCUCACAUUUUCUACACUGUGCUUAAAAUCGUUUCUUUGUUCUCCAUCCUUCUUUCAUCGUUUGCUGGGUUUGGGGUAGCAGCCGGUGCAAAUAUUUUGUUUAUUGAGUUUUUGAAAUGGAGAGAGAUGCGAAAUAAUAGUUCACAGCAGCAAGCAAAUGAACAUAGUGUGGAAGCCGAACAAGUUGAAGAUACUCAGCAGCAAGAAAGCUCAAAUAGGAAUGCUUCAUAGCAUAGCAAGUCAGUUCUGGGCCUGGCUGUCUCAAUUGAGAGGCAA